UCCUGAGUCCUGCUCUCCAGACAGGAUCUCUCAGGCUCAUUCACUGGCUGGCAUUUGGCUGAGCUCUACCUAGGUGCUAGGCGAGCCAGGGACAGAAACUUGGCCCAAAAGCAGAUGAUAGGUGGGGGAGAGGCAGGGCCCUUCACAAAGUGCACAGAGGGAAGUGGUGACUAGAGCUGUGCCAAAUGGCACAGCCAUGGUGCUCGUACGGCUAUGGCAGCCCUAGUAUCUGAACGCUCAUCUCCCUCCCCUCUAACGUCCUCCCUCCAACGCAGUAGCCUCUCCGGGGUUUGAAAUGCCCUGCGCACUAGUGUUAACCCUUCUGUGUCUGGCUUGUCCCAGAUGACCCCGGACUCCCUGGUGUACAGCACAAGCCUGAACUAUAACCCCACCCCUGCCAGCAACCCAGUGAUCCUGAGAACCGGCCCAGCUGUGAUCCCCAUUGGGUGCCACUACCCCAGGAAGGACAACGUGAGCAGUAAGGCCAUCAAGCCAACGUGGGUUCCCUUCAGCUCCACCCUGUCUGCAGAGGAGAGGCUGGGUUUCUCCCUGCGCCUGAUGAAUGAUGACUGGAGCGUGGAGAGAGCCCCCAAUGGCUUCCAGCUGGGGGAGGUCAUGCACAUCCAGGCGGAGGUCAGCUCUGGGAGCCACGUGGCUCUGAGGAUCUUUGUGGACAGCUGUGUGGCCACCCUGAGCCCGGACAGGCACUCCUCUCCCCGCUACGCUGUUAUUGACUUCUACGGGUGCCUGGUGGAUGGGAGAUCAGAUGAUGCCUCCUCUGCCUUCGUAUCCCCCCGGCCCAGGCAGGACACGCUGCAGUUCAUGGUGGAUGUGUUCAGGUUUGCAGGGGAUGCCAGGAACUUGAUUUAUCUCACCUGCCACCUGAAAGUCACUGCAGCCGAGCAAGCCCCAGGUCCCUUGAGCAAGGCUUGUUCCUACAACAAAGCAGGCAACUUCUGGUCUCCAGUGGAGGGCACCAGAAACAUCUGCAGGUGCUGUGAGACUGGGAACUGUGGCCUGCUUGGAAGGCAGACCAGGAGAGCGAAGCCUUCAAAGAGAUGGCCAGGAAAGCCCUUCCAAAGAGAUGUGGUUUCCAGACAUGGUUCCCCUUCCAGGAGAGAAGCAGAAGCAGAAGCUGAUGUUAUGGUGGGCCCCCUAGUCAUCAUGGAUGCCUACAGAGGAUCCAGGGAUCUCCUAACAGAUCGUAUGGAAGCAAGGAAGGCAGCAUCACAGAGGAGAUGGCGUCAGAGGGAGAGAAGGCUUGGCUGAAACUGUCCAUGGUGGCUGCAGGUUUUUGCCAAUGUGCAGUCGGCUUCCUCUGCCUAGAAUGGCAGGAGUCUCUUGGCUGGAGCUGAAUCUUGUCAUUUAAAAUAAACACCCCUGGACACGGAGGCUGGCUCUGUAGUGACUCUGUUACAGCGGGCAGGGGCUCAUGAGGCAGGAAAUGACAGGGAGGAAGUGGAGGCUCUGAGGUGAUUCUGGCUUCCUCCUAAUGGAGCUGAGGGGAGGGGAUACUGUUAACUCAACAGAACUGAACUAAUUGACAAAACAUUAAAUGAGGGGACCCUAGAAAAAUUGGGG